AUGCCUUUCCUCUCCCGUCACGCAUGGAGGUCAGCCCUGGACGGCGCGCCGGCAUGGAUCUGGCCCUCCGGCCUCUUCUAUGGCGCGGUGGCGCUGGAUGCUGGGGCGGCGGUCCCCUCCUCUCUUCCUUGCGGCGGAGGAGCGGCGGCUGAACGUUUUGGCGGCGGAUCGGGGCGCUCUGCUCGGAUCUGGUGGGCGCGCGCCGUCGACAGGAUGUGGCGGUGCUGGCCGUCCUGGGCCGCGUGGGUGGCAGGGCGGCUGCGCGUGGUGGAGGCCCCGGCGCCUCUGGCCCUUGGCGGCAUGGAGAGCCUGGGUUGGGUCGGCGCCAUCCGGCCAUCCCGUAACGCCGAGCCGCCGCUCGUCCGCUCGCGAGACGCAGAGGGCGCGAGCAACCCAGCAGAUUUGGAACUCCAUAGCAGUUUCCAACUUCUUGCUUGUUCUGCAUAUCACUAUCACCCCACAGGUAACCAUUUGGGUUCAUUCUCUACCAGAGAAAGGAAUAACAUGGACGAUGUAAGUGCAGUGCCAAGGGUUAUGUUGUUCCAGUUAUUAAAUGAAAUUACAAAAAAUUUCUCUGCGGACAUGAAAAUUGGCGCUGGAUCAUUCGGAAAUGUUUAUAAGGGACAGCAUACAGAUGAGGAAUGGAUUGCUGUGAAGCUUCUUCAUAAUUACAUUCCAGGACUUGAAGAUGAGCAAUUUGAGAAGGAGUAUCACAAUCUCGCAAAUCUGCAACACAAAAAUAUUGUGCGGUUAGUUGGCUAUAGUCAUGAAACUCGGCGAGAAUUCCUACCUUAUAAUGGUGACCUGGUCUUGGCUGACAUUACACAGAGAGCACUUUGCUUUGAAUAUAUGCAAAAUGGAAGCCUUGACAAAUUUCUUACUGAUGAAUCUAAGGAACGUGAUUGGUGCACACGCUAUGCAAUAAUUAAAGGAAUUUGUCAGGGUUUGAAAUAUCUUCAUGAGGAAUUGCAAACUCCUAUGUAUCAUUUGGAUUUAAAACCAGCCAAUGUACUGCUAGAUGAAAAUAUGGUGCCCAAAAUCGCGGAUUUUGGCUUGUCAAGGCUCUUCGUAGGAGAACAGUCAAAAUUCACAAAAAGUGACAUAGGAACACGUGGGUAUGUACCACCGGAAUAUAUAGACGCCUAUAUAAUCUCCAUUAAGUUUGACAUAUUCAGUUUGGGUGUGGUAAUUAUAAAGAUAAUGGCAGGACCAACGGCGUACUUUCGAAGUGCUGAAAUGUCUCCCCAACAAUUCAUAGAGAUUGUACAUGCUUACUGGAACACUAAGCUACAAACAACGCUGGUUCAUGCGUUGGAGCCAUAUUCCAAACAAGUAAAGAGAUGCAUCGAAAUAGCUUUAAAUUGUGUGGAUGCAGAUCGACACAAAAGACCAAGUAUAGGGGAAAUCAUUAAUGUUUUGAAUGAGACGGAGAUUGCAAUACAAGUCCCUGGCGCUUCAAUGAAUCACACAGGGUCAUCGAUGAACAAGAUAAAUAGUGACCAGGAAAGAGAGUUCCUAAUUAGGGAUGCCAAGGAAACGCUGGAUUAUGUACAUCGAGGGCAAGUGAACACAUCAUUUGAGGAUUGCCGACAAACUCACAUAGCAGAACUAGAAGAACAAGAGAGGAAAAGACUGAGCACGGCGGUGAAUCUCUUUGGUGAAGUAGUUGACAACUACAAGUUGGAUCAAAUGCCAGGGUACAUGGGGAAACCCAAGAAGCGGGAAGACCGAGCACGAGAGGCCUUGAAUCUGAUGUGCGAGGACCGCAAAGAUGUCAUGGCUUGCAGGUACUUGUGUCCCAAGGUAAUCAUCCAAGUCUAUUGGCCGCGGGCCACGCAGUGCUUCAUCUAUAACGCGACCGGCAACACCCUCUACCACGUCGGCAACCAUGACUGGUCUGGACAUAUCCUCAAUAGCAGGGGCUACCCUGAACGGAUUGGUAACGGGCAGUGGGCUGCCUUCGUUCACUGCCAAGGGUCAUUUUCAGGUUCGAUGGCAUCGGUUAUCUAUCGUGGCAAGAACAAAGAUGGUGGAGACCAGCACUACCUGGUUUCCUGGAGUAACCCAAUUAGAUAUACUUUUGGGUUCAACAAGGCUUAUUGCGGGAUCGGCCCUGUAGACUACUUCCAUACACGUUGGGAUCAUACACUCGAUAACCUUUCAAAUUCUGAUAACUAUUCAUACGCCAAAUCUGAUGGAUGCGAGAUUGAUUCAAAAAUUGGCAAGCGUGAUGCCCCAUUUUUUAUUGCAAAGAUCACCUCGCUGGUUGGUCAUCUCCAGCAUUGUGCAAGGAUUUAUAUGGAUAAAUAGAUAGUCAGUUAAUUCCGUUUGUAAGAGCAUGCCGAAUGGUGGUAUUCUUACGAUCACUUGUAAUGGCGUUAACUUUUUCCCAUGUCAUCGUUGGCGGGUGGGCCACCUCUGUCAUAAUUGCAA